AUGGCGAAAGAUAAAAGAAAAAAGGAAAUUGAAUACAAACAACGCGUAAAUGAAUUGAAACAAAAGUUGAAAUCGUACCGCAACAACCAGACUGUAAAUCUACUCCGACUGAUCACAGGAUCAUCCACUGUACGUUUGGAGAAGUACUGGCAAAGCCUAGAAAGUGUGUUGACCGGACACCACCGGCAUCGUGUUGUCCAAGAGAAACUUCAGAGUAAAAUCAAUAUGAUUACUGAGAAUCGAGAGAAAAUACCAAAACAUCCCAUUCCAACACAAUAG